AACGGAAGUGGCGUAAUAUGAGUUCCGAAUGACCGUCAGCCUCGUAGGAUGAGAUAGAGGAAUUCGGUGAUCGCUUACGGGAAUUUAGGCUAUCAUUACGUCGCUGUCUAGAUUUUUAACUCCAUUACGAUCAUGUGGUGGGAAAUCCUACCAGGUUUCGCUAUCAUGACCGCCUGUCUCAUCAUUCCGGGCGUCGCCACGGCGCAGAUCCACAAAUUCACGAACUGGGGGAAGGAAAAGAGAAUCGCAAGGGUCCCUUAUCAGUAUUACCUGAUGGAGAGAGACAAGAGAGUUUCUGGAGUUGGAAAACAUUAUGUGUCUAAGGGACUGGAAAACAUUCACUGAAGACCCUGAGUUUCCUGUCAUGAUACACAAGUGGCUGGUUAUUUAAUGUAUAUUAAACUUGUUUAAAUCUG